AUGUCCAUUCGGCCCUCCGUGUCUACCAACAGGUCCAGCUUUGUCAAAGAUUUCAUCUACUGCCAGAAAAGAAAGUCCUGGAUCAGAAACAACAGCAUUGCCACCGUGGAGCGCAAGGAGUGUCUGUUAAUGAAGAAAAGACGGCAGACGUUCCCUGGGACGUCGCUUGAUCCAGAACUGAUUCAUGAGGAUGUUCUGCUCCCGUACAAAGAAUCAGUCUCUUCGUUUGUCAUGUGCUCUCUUCCUUUCCAAACUGAGAGGCUGGAGAAAAACAAGCAGUUGGAUGACAUAUUUUCUACAUAUGUGAGAAAAAAAUGUGUUUCUUCACAAAGUAGAGAGAGUUCUAAAACUUGCUCAGACAGUUUAGAAACUACUGGAGAACUUACAGGCAUGGAGCCUGACAGAGAAAUGAGCCCAAAACUUUAUGUGGAAGAGAUUAUUCAAGGAGGCCUUGCUAUACAAGUCAUCCCUCCAUCCUGCAGUGGUUCAGAGGAACAAAUCCUGGAGAAGAUUCCCACGGUAUUUGUUAAGGACGAAGAUGACAGAAGUUUCACACAAAGCAAUUCUGAUUCCACUUUACCAGAAUGCUCAGUCAUGACAGCACCUGUUGAUGCUGUUCAGCACAACGCCCUGUCCAGGUCAACAUCUGAAGAGACAGACACGGAUUCCCUAAAAAAACACAAUGUUGCCAUGGAAAUCGAGUCCAACCCGACUGAAAAGUCAGUUAGUAGCCUUCCACUUCUUCUUGUUACUGAUGGGCUGGAUGACAAAGAGGUGGCUAAAAAAAGCCAUUCAGAAGACACCAACAAAGCAGCAGACGGUUUAUUAUGUGUUGUAAAACCAUCCACAGUCCUCCAUGCAAAGGAGCAGCCUGUUAAAGUCGGCAAGGCAGAGAAACCCACUGUGUACAGAUCUAACUCCGAGGCUAGAGAGCAUCUGAAGCCUGGAUCUCACAAAGACAGAGACGCCACAGACCACUGGGCCAGGAAGAGAAAACUCUUCAAGGAGAGCAAACAGUGGAGCUCUGCUGGUGGAAGUUCAAUUACCAGCGACAUCACAGAGGAAUCAGUAUCAGAGGAUACACUCUCUACAAAUGUGACAGUUCAAGACAAUGAAGACAGGGGGUUAUACGCAGAGACAUUCCACUCUUCAGCCUGGAUCUACCAAGGAGACGACAUAAACUCAGGCGCCAUCGGUCCCAAUCUCACAGUCAGAACACGUGCUGUCUCAAUUCGAGAGAGGACUGUUCGAAUCAGCAAAGGGACAGGAGAAUAUCCCUGGGGCUUUCGAAUACAGUUUUCCAAGCCCAUUGUUGUAACUGAAGUUGACACAAAUGGAGCAGCAGAGGAAGCGGGGCUAAUAGUAGGUGACUACGUCCUCGCUGUUAAUGGAAUUGACGUUACCAGCAUUCCUCAUUCGGAGGCAGCUAAUUUAGCCAGACAAGGUCCAGACAUUCUAACAUUGACCAUUGGAUCAGACAUUGCUCGGGGUCCUAACACACCCAGACCACCAUGCCGUGGUUACCUCCAUAAGCGAACCCAGUCUGGUCUAAUCAAAGGCUGGAGGAAGAGGUGGUUUGUUCUCACACACGACUGCUGCCUAUACUACUUCAAAAACAAACGAGAUGAAGGCAAGCGGCAGCCGUUAUCCUCAGUGAAGCUGGAAGGUGCUGAGGUGGGGCCGGAUGAUUCCCUGGGAAAGCCAUUUGUUUUCAAGUGUCGCCCUCAGUUUGGCAGUCGGGUGUACUCUCUCUGCGCCACUUCCAAUCAGGAAAUGAAAAGAUGGUGUGAAGCUAUGGAAAGAGCUGUUCAUCCCAUUACACAGAACCAUGUGUGGGUUGACGUCACAAGACAUAACUCCAACGUGCCGCCGCUGGCUGUGAAAAACCCGGACUGUCUGGGACUGCUCAACAAACUGGACCGGAGUAAAGACACGUGGGUCCAGCACUACUGCAUUCUGAAAGACGCGUGUCUCUACUUGUACAGCGGCAUCCGUUCCACCCACGCACAUGGUGGGAUUUACCUUCAGGGCUACGCGGUGCGGGAGCAGGCCUAUGGAUCCAAAAAGUCCACAAUUGAACUGAAACCUCCGACUGAUGAGUUCAAGACGUUCUACUUCUGUGCCGACGAUUCAGCUGAAAAUAAACGAUGGAUUUUAGCCAUCAAAGCCUCCAUAAAGAAGUGGCGGCCAUUUCACCAGGUCCUUCAGGACUACAUGAGCCUCCCACCAGAAGAAACCAGAAUGUGAGGAACAGCUGGACUCUGUAAAUGUUAGGAGCCUGAGGGCCGAGACGAGCUUCCCAUAUGAUGACGGCUUCAUGGCUCCCACCGUGCUGCUGUUUUGAAAAUAAUAUUGCUCAUGAAUGUUCAGGCCAUUAAAAAUUGUUCUCAAUCC